AUGGCUUCCUCAUCACUUAGAAUCUCCUCCCGGAUAGUCUCCAGGGCUGCGCGGUCAUGUCCGCAGUCCUCACGCCUUCCGACGGCGUGGCGUCGGUACUCAUCGGUACCGAGCAAUAAGCUGCCGCUUGAGGGGUAUCGUGUGCUGGACAUGACGAGAGUAUUGGCUGGACCAUACUGUACACAAAUUCUGGGAGACUUGGGCGCCGAGGUGAUAAAAGUCGAACAUCCCGUUCGCGGCGACGACACUCGAGCAUGGGGUCCUCCUUACGCAACCUACAAAGCCGGCUCCUCCAAAGAAGGACCCGGCGAAUCGGCCUACUUCCUCGCAGUGAACCGCAACAAGAAGUCGCUAGGCCUCAACUUCCAACACCCCUCCGGCACAGAAAUCCUCCACAAGCUCGUCUCGCAAUGCGACAUCCUCGUAGAGAACUACCUCCCCGGCACUCUCAAAAAGUACAAAAUGGACUACGACACCCUCCGCGCCAUCAACCCGGGCCUCAUCUACGCCUCCAUCACAGGGUACGGCCAAACUGGCCCGUACUCGGACCGCGCGGGCUACGAUGUAAUGGUCGAGGCUGAGUUCGGGUUGAUGCACAUCACAGGCAGCCGCGACGGGGAACCCGUCAAGGUCGGCGUCGCUGUUACGGACCUCACGACGGGUUUGUAUACGAGUAACAGUAUCAUGGCGGCGUUGCUCGCGAGGGGGCGGACGGGGAGGGGACAGCAUAUUGAUGUGGCGCUGAGUGAUUGCCAGACGGCGACGUUGGCGAAUAUUGCGAGUAGUUGUCUGAUUAGUGGGAAGAAGGAUUCUGGACGAUGGGGGACCGCGCAUCCCUCUAUCGUGCCGUACAAAUCCUUCAAGACAAAAGACGGUGAUAUCCUCUUCGGCGGCGGCAACGACCGACUCUACGGCAUCCUCUGCCAGGGACUAAACAAACCAGAAUGGCAGCACGACGCAAAAUACGCGACAAACGCACAACGGGUCGCCAACCGCGUCGAGCUCGAGGCGCUCAUCGAGCAAGUCACCGUCACCAAGACGACGGCGGAGUGGUUACGCGUGUUCGAAGGUAAGGGGAUGCCGUACGCGGCGGUGAAUGAUGUGCAGGGCACGCUGGAGCACGAGCAUACGAAGGCGCGGAACAUGGUUGUCGAGAUGGAGCACGAGGAGUGCGGGCCGAUUCGGAUGGUGAAUACGCCGGUCAAGUAUUCGGAGAGCGAGCCGAGCGUGAGGAGUGUGCCGCCGACGUUGGGGCAGCAUACUGAUGAGGUUUUGGGGGGGCAUCUUGGGUUCUCGGAGGAGAGGAUUCGGGCUUUGAAGGGAGAGGGUGUGGUCGGGUAG